AUGAAUGGAUCAUCUAUGGUGUUCACUUUCACAGCCUAUCAGGAGAUUGGCUCAGCCAAAGAUGUGUGCUUUGUUAUCAUCCUCUUGGUCUAUCUAGCCACCGUCAUAGCCAACAUCUCCGUCAUGCUUUUGAUUUAUUUUGACUCAACACUCCAUAAACCAAUGUAUAUAUUUUUGUUCGGCUUGCUGCUGGUUGGCUUGAUUGGCAGCACAUCCGUUUGGCCACGCGUGUUGGCCCACCUAGCCACCAUCGUCUACUCGGUCUCGUACGUGGCCUGUUUUGUUCAGACCUACGUCAUCUCCGCCUAUGGGGCUUGCGUGUACAUGUCGCUCACUGUCAUGGCCUACGACAGGUAUGUGUGCAUCUUCCAGCCUUUGCAGUACCACGCCAUAAUGACCCCACGCAAGGUGAGAAUACUUCUGGUGAGUGCCAACCUCAUACCUGCAAUCAUUGUGUUGACUUAUAAACUGUCUGGAGAUGCACGGAAGAAAGCUUUUGUGACAUGCACUCCCCACCUGAUCACUUUCCUUAACUUCAGCCUGUGCUCCUUGUUUGCUGUGGUGUACCAUCGAGCUCACGCCAAACUACCAGUUGGCGGACAUGUGUUUAUGACAUCCGUUUACGUCCUUCUGCCUCCAGCCUUGCAUCCCCUUGUGUAUGGAAUAAAGAACCAGGAAAUCAGAAAACGUUUCUCGAAAAUCACAAGAUCUGUCCUCCUACGAAUUGGAUAUUUCCUACAGUACCUCACCUUGGGCCAUGACCCCUGA